AUGGCUACUCUGGACAAGUUGGCGGCCUCGUGGAAGAUGGAACCUCUACCAAUCACCAUCUCAUUGGUCCAGGCCAUCGCAUCCAGCCUCAAGAACGGUCGCUACCGGAGGUCCAUCCGCAGCAUCGAGAGGGGCCUCGGCCCCUCCACGCUCAAGGAUGCCUUCAUCGUCGAGGACCUCGCAGCCACCGCCGACGGCGCCACUCCACCGGAGACAACGACAGAACAUUGGGCAGAUUGCGUCUUCGACUGCGUCCUCGUGACCAUCAUCUGUUGCUGGUGGAUGUUACGGGGCAUCGAGGUAGCAGCAGUCAGGUGCUCACACGUGUGGUUCGAAACGACCACCUUUGGCAGAAUGGCAUUCUGCACCUUACCGUGCCACAAGACCGACACCGUUGGAAUGUGCAUCACCAGGUCACACCCAUGCACGUGCUCCGACAACUUGGCAGCCCUCUGCCCUUAUCAUGCCUUGGAAACAUUCAUGAACCGCAAUCACAUCCCGAACACCGCCAGGAACGAUGAGAUGUUGUUUUAUGGGCGCCAAGGUGGACCCAUCAGCCACCUCGAAACCAUCGAGGUCUUCAGGAAAGCCAUCGCGACCACAGGCGCUGAGCUCACUCAGCCUGGACCACAAGGACUCUACAACGUUUCAACGAGCAUGUCUGCAGAGUGUCGGGGUCUCAGUUCCUCACGCGGCUUGGCUACCCCCUUCGAGACGAUACAACUCAUCGGUCGCUGGGGCAGCGAUGCAGUACGCAAGUACGUGCAGGAAGCACCACCAGUGUCCAGGAUCUUCGUCACGCCCGUCCAUCAACCGGCCAUCACCAGCAAGUUCUGGGUGAAGAACACCUCCACCAAAAUGAUCCACAUCUCUGGCGCCCCGGAAUUCUCAACGGAGAGCAUCCAUUGGCACACCUUGCGCGGUUGGCGUUACGGACAUGCGCCACACGCCAAGUUCUGGUCCAUCCCGGAGGGCAACCAGUGCCAGAAAUGGUUCCGCGCGCAGGACAACCAGGCCAUCAUCGACAACAACAGCGACGAGGACAACGGACCAGUAGGGCAAAAGAACAGCCGCCGGGCCAUCAUGGUGACAGCGGACGCAGACCUCACCGCGGCGGCAACGGAAGCCGGGAUCGAUAUGAACACCGAUCCGGUGUUGACAUACCUCCGCGCCAUCCGGAUCACCACAUCCAGCGCGAUCUCCAUCUACUUCCAGGACGAUGCAGCAGUCACCGAUUUGGUCAAGAAGAUCGAGGAAAAGAUCACCUACAAAGGCAACGACUACGACCUCAACGGCGAGGACGUCAACGCGGUCAUAGCACAGUGGAAGGUCCUCUACGCAGAGGUGCGGAACAAGUACAAACAACGACUCUCAGCGUCGACCACACCUGGAGCAUCCACGACACCAACUCCAGCGGCCACACCAGCGACCACGGACAAAGACACCAUCCCUAAGACACUCCCACCAGGGGUCUACACACAACUCAUCAAAGAUUACAACAACAUCACAUUGGAUAGAGAAAAACGCACUUUCCCCGAGAAAAUCCUCCUCGGGGCUGACAAAGUGCUGGCUCGCGUGUACCGUGAACACCACGCAUCAAAACAUUACACAGCAGUGACCCUGGGCGAGAUCAUGUUGCAACGGGUUUUCACCUCGUUGGGGACAGUCAACUCCAACCGGAACCUGGACCUCCCAAAGGCUUCAAUUUGA